CCCUGCCUUCUUUUUUGUCCUUCGCCAGUCUGCAACCCCAACAACGCUGUACGCAGGUGGCAAUCCCUCCGGUGAUGACCUAGGUGGUAGGCCCAGCGGCAGUGAUCCCCAUCUCCUGCUCCUCCUUCCUCUCUGUUUCGAUUAGCGCAGCAGAAGUGCAUGGCAGAGUGGCUCAUCCUUGUCCGAGACUGGUUCUUUCGGCGACGGUGAGGCAAAGGUGGCGACCUCUCACCAAUGCCGGCAAGGUCUGGACCCCUUUCUCUGGCUACCUGCAGCGAUGGCGAUGGUGCCCUAGCAAUAUCCGGGCUGAUUUGGGCAGCGAGGCGGGACUCAACCAGCAUGGACGGUACCUGAGCAGCAGUGACGGUACUCUAAUGUUGGUUGGGUAGUGGCGGUCAGUUCUGGGUAGCGGGGGCACGGUGUGGCAGCGGACAUAUCUAUUCCGGACUUUCGGUGAUGGCGUCUGGGGGCAAUGAACCCGAUUUAGACUGCGGGAUGCGACUACUCCGUUGAUAGCUUCCAAGUUUCGUUCUCCUUGAUCAAAUCAAAUCAAUCGAGGCUAAAGCGAUAGUGUGUUUGGAUUGCUUCCAUGAGGGAAGAUUUGUAAUUGGUCACUCAAGUUUAGAUUUUUUCAAGGUCAGCUCUCAAAUCUAGAUGGUGAAACUUGGACUGAUCACGAGGCACUGUUGGUUCCGGAGGGGAUGCAAUUCUACAACAAAAAUUGGGUCCAAAUUAUAGACCAGGUUGGCUCUAAGUCAAAGUGGCAGUGCAUCAUUGUCAUAUGGCUCUGGCUAGCGAAUAGUUACAGAAGGGCAGCAAAACUAGACUUAGGGGCAGUCCGGGCUAAAUCACACGUUUCCAUGCACUUUCAAACACUCCGUAAUAAAUAUUGAGCAUAAUAUAUAGGGGCAAGGUUUGCAUUUGCAGGAGGUUGCUGAUUUCAUCGGCAAUGGCGGACCUUCACGGGUGUAGAUCUUAUCGGGGGAGGGUUAUUCCAUUUCCGAUUCCUAAAUCCACCGUGAAGAGAAAUUCCUCGCGUCUCAUUUGCUGCAAUCUCCGUCAACUGCGAGAGCGAAUGGAGACGGUAAAAAACACCCAGAAGGUCACAGAAGCGAUGAAGCUGGUGGCGGCCGCUAAGAUUCGGAGAGCUCAAGAGGCUGCCAUCAAUUCUAGACCCUUUGCGGAUGCCAUUGUUGAGGUUCUGUACGACAUCAACGAGCAGCUCCAGUGGGAAGAUGUAGAUCUCCCUUUAACAGUGGUCCGUCCGGUGAAGAAGAUUGCCCUAGUUGUUGUCACAGGUGAUAGCGGCCUCUGCGGCAGUUUCAACAGUGCUAUUCUGAGAAAAGCCGAGGCUCGUAUGAAGGAAUUGAUUGAUCUUGGUUUGGAUUACACCAUAAUCAGCGUUGGGAAAAAGGGAAAUUCUUACUUUCAACGAAGGGAAAACAAAAUUGUGGAUAAAUAUGUGGAAGUAGGCAGUUUUCCGACCACAAAGGAGGCUCAAGCCAUAUCAGAUAAUGUUAUCUCGCUGUUUGUGAGUGAAGUGGUUGACAAGGUUGAGCUGUUGUAUACUAAGUUCGUGUCAUUGCUCAAGUCUGAGCCGGUAAUCCACACCUUGCUUCCCUUGUCUGCAAAGGGCAAGAUUCGAGACAUGAAUGGAAAGAGCAUUGAUGUGGAGGGAGAUGAGUUUUUUAGGUUGACUACGAAGGAGGGGAAGCUAACUGUGGAGAGGGAUCACAGGGAAGCAUCUAAAACAGAAAGAGCGUAUUCAUGUUAUAUGCAGUUUGAGCAAGAUCCUGCUGUGAUUCUUGAUGCGUUGAUGCCUCUUUACUUGAAUAGUCAGAUUUUGAAGGCACUUCAAGAGUCGUACGCAAGUGAGGUUGCGGCAAGGAUGAACUCAAUGAACAGCGCCACAGAUAAUGCUAUUGAGCUGAACAAAAAGCUUUCCAUGUCUUAUAACCGGAAGAGACAAGCAAAGAUCACUGGCGAGAUAUUGGAGAUUGUUGCUGGAGCAGAUGCACUUGCAUAGAGAAUCCUAUUCUCUUCAAAUAUGAUUUUUUUGAGGUAUUCAAUCUACGGGUAAUUUUAGGCAAAGAGAGUCUGGCUGGAUUGCAUCUAUUCUUAGAUUGGCGAAACAUAUGUUAUUAUUCCAAAGUUUAAUGAAUGACAUAUUCUUAC